AUGGGCAGGGUGAGUACGGCGCGGAUCAUCUUUUACGAGGACAAGAACUUCCAGGGUCGUCGCUAUGAGUGCGAUGGCGAGUGUGCAGACUUCCAUGCCUACCUGAGCCGCUGCAACUCCAUCCGUGUGGAGAGUGGCUGCUGGGUGCUGUAUGAGCGCCCCAACUACAUGGGGUACCAGUACGUGCUGACCCGUGGCGAGUACCCUGAGUACCAGCGCUGGAUGGGCCUCAACGACCGCCUCAGCUCCUGCAAGAUGAUCCACUUGGCCAGCGGGGCCCAGUACAAGAUCCAGCUGUUUGAUAAGAGUGAAUUUGGGGGCCAGGUGUUUGAGGCGACGGAAGACUGCCCCUCAGUCCUGGAGCGCUUCCGUGCUAGGGAGAUCCACUCCAUCAAGGUCCUGGAGGGGGUGUGGAUCCUCUACGAGCAGACCAACUACCGCGGGCGCCAGUACGUGGUGGAGAAAGGCGAGUACCGCAAGCCCGUAGACUGGGGUGCAGUGUGCCCCACGGUGCAGUCCUUCAGACGCCUCACUGAGUGA